UCUUUAUGCCCCUCAACGGUCACGAAUACCUCACGCGUCAGGGAUGGCAAGGUAAAGGCUCUGGCUUGCGCCAUGGGGCCAUCAGCCGUCCCAUCAUUGUCGCCCAGAAGAAAAACAUGAGUGGGAUAGGCAAGGACCGAGACGAGGCCUUCCCGUUCUGGGACCAGUGUGUAGACUCAUUCUGUCCCUCAUGCGUAUGACUAACGCGCUAGUGAAUAGUGUUUUCGAUGCUGCUGCGAGUGCUAUCAGAGUCAAAUGUUACGACAGCGACUCGGUACGUUUGAAUC